AUGUCAGAUAGUGUCGACCGUGUCUUUGUGAAAGCAAUCGCCACAAUUCGAGCCUUGUCCUCACGAUCCAAUUACGGCUCUUUGCCGCGUCCGCCAGCAGAAAACAGAGUCAAGCUUUAUGGGCUAUACAAACAGGCGACUGAAGGAGAUGUCAAGGGAAUAAUGCCACGCCCAGUGGGGUUCACGCCUGAGGAUGAGGGCGCAAAGAAGAAAUGGGAUGCUUGGAAGCGUGAAGAAGGUUUACACAAGACAGAAGCAAAAAAGCGAUACAUUGCCUAUUUGAUUGAAACUAUGAAGGUGUAUGCCAGUGGCACUCAUGAGGCACGAGAGCUAUUGAGUGAGUUGGAGUAUUUAUGGGAACAAAUAAAGGAUAUGCCUAAUUCGGAUGAAGAGUACAAUCCUCACCAUCACCACAUACAGCUACCUUCUCAGUCGCCCCUGUUUAGUCAAACAGAUAGGCUUUCCAACAGAACACCAAGUGUUGGCGGUGGUGGUGGUUUAAGGGGUCAAGUACAAGCUGGAGGUGGUGGUGGUGGUGGUAUUGGUGGUGGUGUUUCCACAUUGAGCAACAUUUACCUGCAUGCGCGGAGAAACACGGCCUUGUCAAUAAAUGAUUACGUACAGCAGCAAAGAAUGCACACGCACUCGCAAAACCAAGGCACUGGUAUUGGCAUUGGAGCUGAUAUAGGGGCUGGCUUGGAUAUAAACUCUCAGGUUGCUGGAUUUGGUGGUCCUGGGUCUAUUACUUCCUUACCUCCAAGAGUAGGUACCAAUAAUGUUAUUGAAGACUUUAAGAAUUGGCAGAGUGAUGUCAAUGCGAUCAUCAAUAAACUUACUAGAGAAUUCGUCAAUAGCAGGAAGGAGAGAUCACCUUCUGGGCACGAGGAAGAGGAACAGUCGGACGCUGAGUUGGAUGAACUUGAAAUUACAAAGCGCCGAAUUUUGCGCAUUGUCAAGAUUGUAGGCGUUAAUGCAUUAAAGUUUUUGAAGAAUUUUGCGGUGAGUUUGAUUGCAAUUUUGUUUCUUGUGUGGCUUCUUAAAAAAAACGUUGUUGUUAAAAACACAAUCGUGAAGCAUGCAAAUACAAAGGGUAAAGACAAGAAGGAACUCGUCAUCAAUAUGGUGCUUAACACAGAUGAAAACAAAUGGUUUAUUAGAUUGUUAAAUUUUAUAAAUAGCUUUGUAGGCUUUGUCUGA